UCAGAGUAAACAAAAGGUAAGAGGCACUUGAACCUUCAUCUGCGGGCGACGGUUGCUAAACAUUACGGGGUCGCUUAAAAGGAAGCAGUGGGGUUCAGGUAGUGCUGUGUGACAAACAAGCAUUUGCUCGGACAUGCAGAGUUUAUCUCCAAACACACGUCUUCACUUUCUACGCGUCGGCUGCUCGUGCAAACAUGUCCACGGUCGCACAGGCAUGCGCACAUGAGGUUCACGUACCAAAAAUCAACCCCUUUGUUUCUGUCGCUCCCCCGAAACAGGAAUUCGGCAGAGAAGCGUUCUCGUGUGGAACAGACUGUCUCCUCCCCCCACCGUAAGCACACACACAUACACACGCCCACACACCACAACUCUCUCUCCUCCCUCAGUAACCCACCACCAUCACCAAUAACACACACACACACCUCCUCAACCCCUUUGUGUGUUUAUGUGUGCAUGCUGAGAAACCCGGUGACGGAUGCUGAGCUUAUAAAGCUUCUUUUUUUCAUUGUUUUAUUAUUUAAAAAACAAAAACAAAAAAACAUGGAUACAUUUUAUUCAUCAGCAACAGUGUUUGUUGGAUGUAUGGAAGCCUGCAGGUGAGAAUAAGGCGGACCGGGUGAGCGCGUGUGAGUCUCACCUCUCCAUAGCCAGGAUCCGGAUUGCAAGAGGAGCCUGUUACCAGGAGCAAGUGCGGCAAAAUUGGGACUUUUCCACCAUCAGCAUCCCUCCUCUCCUCUCCUCGCCUCAUCCCUGCUCCUCCUGUGGCCACGCCACCUCCCUUCUCUCUGUCUCCUUCUUCCGCGAUCCCAGAAUAGCCUCGCACCCCUUAUCCCCGGUGGAGCGUUUGGAAUUUCGGGGUGACUCGAGGGACGCUGGAGGAUGGAUUAGCAGAGGCGGCGCAACGGCAAAACUGGAGCAGCACGCGCGACCGCGCCGGGGGGGAAGGGGGCGACGGGACUCGGUGAAUUCACGGAGCCCCCGGGACAGAGGUUGCGACUGGUCCCACCCCAAGAUGACAUCUCCCAAAACCAAAGCCAAGAAGAAACCGCCCAAAGACAGCAUGACUCUGCUGCCAUGUUUUUAUUUUGUGGAGCUCCCCAUUGUCCUGUCCUCCUUGGUGUCUCUGUACUUCCUGGAGUUGACAGAUGUCCUUUCCCCGGCGAUGGUGGGCUUCCGUUGCUAUGACCGCGACCUCUCCAUGCCUUACGUAGAGACUGGAGAUGAGCUCAUCCCUCUGCUGAUGCUGCUGAGUUUGGCGUUUGCCGGCCCAGCCGCUUCCAUCAUGUUGGGGGAGGCGGUGAUGUACUGCAUGCAGUCCAAACUGAAGACCUGCCCCAAGUUGGAGGGCAGCAUAAACGCCGGAGGCUGCAGCUUCAACUCGUUCCUGCGCAGGACCGUGCGCUUUGUGGGUGUUCAUGUGUUCGGUCUCCUGGCAACAGCCCUGGUGACAGAUGUCAUCCAGUUGGCUACCGGCUAUCACGCCCCUUUCUUCCUCACCGUGUGCCAGCCCAAUUACACGGCUCCGGGAGUGUCAUGUGACAACAACGCCUACAUCACGCAGGACAUAUGCAUGGGGAAAGACCAAUAUGCAAUCAUGUCGGGACGGAAAACCUUUCCAUCCCAGCAUGCUACGCUGUCUGGCUUCGCAGCUGUAUAUAUCUCUAUGUACUUCAAUACCAGCAUCAAUAGCACAACUAAGCUGCUGAAGCCCCUGCUGGUGUUCGCCUUCUGCAUGGCUGCGGGCCUCGCUGGCCUGACUCAGAUAACGCAGCACCGCAGUCACCCGAUAGACGUCUACGUGGGGUACCUCAUAGGAGCUGGCAUCGGAGUCUAUCUGGCUGUGUACGCUGUGGGAAAUUUUAAAGCAUCAGAGGAAGAUUCUCCCACUUUGCAGCGGCUGACGUCGGUUCAUCACAAGGACGGGCUUAGGGUGUUGACCCAGCGGAGCCACGAUUCCCUGUACAGGAAGACUCCCAGGGUGUCAGAGAGCAGGGAGGAGCUGGGGGCCGGGUUGGGGUCCGGAGCCCGCAGUAAGGUGAGGAGGGAAAAGGCGUCCCUGGCUUCGCUGAAACGAGCCAGCGCCGAUGUGGAGCUCCUGGCAACGCGUGGCCCCAUGGGCAAGGAAACCAUGGUAACCUUCAGCAACACCUUACCCAGAGUCGCAAAUGGCAACAGCCCCAUCUCCCCCUCCGAUGAGCCAGUCGUCACGCAGCGCCACAUGACCUUCCACGUGCCCUUCGAUCCCCAGAGGUCCCGGCAGCUGGUGUCCGAGUGGAAGCAGCGCUCGCUGGAGCUCCGCAGCCAGAGCUCGAGAGACGAAGACGAGGGAGAGGACGAGAGGGACAGAGGAGGCGGCGGAGGGGCGGCUGCAGGGGAAGGAGAGAGCAGGGGCAUGCCUUCGUCUCUUUACCCGACGGUGCAGGCCAGCAACGUUACUGCCACGCCAGCAACGGCAAGGAUGGCCGUGGCACCGCCGUUGGUUCAUAUCCCUGAAGAGGCCUCGCGGCCUCCACCCGUUUCCCCAAAGAGUGCCAAAACGAGAGCCAAGUGGUUGUCACUCACAGAGGGAGGAAGUGUGAAAGAGCCUGGAUCCGGACCCAUCGCGGUGUCGACUCCCAGGGUUCCCAAUACGCAGCCCAACCAGCUUCCCAGCCAGCAACGAGUCACUCAGGUCAUAGCCAUGUCGAAGCAGCAGGGUCAUGGAGGAAACACUUCGUCGGCCAAGACAUCAGAAGGGGGUUCCUCCUCGGGCGGUGGCUCCAACUGCUCUGAAUCGCCGUACUACCGCAUCCCGUCCGAUCGAGACAGCUGCACCGGCAGCAACCCGGGGAGUGUCGCCGGCAGCGGGAGCAUCGUCACCAUCGACGCUCACGCCCCCCACCACCCAGUGGUGCGCGUGUCAACCAGCAACGGAAAGCCGUGGGAGUGGAGGAACACCAUCAGCGGCAACAUGAUGAGUGCCGACGCGUCGGGCGACAAGCACCGCAUGGCUCUGCAGCGGCAGGACAACGUCUGCCACUACAGGGACUACCGGACGCUGCCGGGGAAAACAGACUCGCUUGGCUCUUCCAUGACCAGCGGGAGUGCAGAGGUGGGACUGGGACUGGGAGUGGAGCUGCCCCCACCACCCCUUCCCACGGCCUCCUCGCCUCUGCCUCCUCCGCCUCAGUUGUCUUCCUCCCCUCUUCCACCACCUCCAUCUCCUUCCCCGUUGCCCCCGCCUCCACACUCAGGCCCCACUCCCAUGCCUCCACCUCCUCCUCAUUCUAGCUCCCCUCACAUGCCCCCACCCCCUCACCCGUCUUCCUCCCAAAUGCCUCCACCUCCUCAACCGUCCUCCUUGCAGAUGCCCCUGCCUCCUCACCAUUCCUCCUCACACAUGCAUCCUCACCCUUUAUCCAACCAGAUGCCUCCACCUCCUCACCCUUCUUCCUCUCCGCUACCUCCUCCUCCUCUUCCCUCCUCGUCCAUGCCUCUUCCCCCCCACCCUUCCCACUCCGGCAUGCUUCCCCCUCCGCCCCAUCCAGACCUGCUGAUGGAUGGCCACGGCCAGGCCCUAUCCCGCUCCUCCACCCUGCCCCGCCGGCCCUCCGUGUCGUCCCGCAGCCACGCCGAGCAGGAGCACUACUACAAGGCCAUGCAGAAUGAGAGGAUGUUAUAGUUGGGGAGAGGCAGGGAAGACAACAGACAUCAUCUCAACAUUAGAGAUCGUACUUGAAAUGACAGAACUGAAGGAGGCAAUACAAGAAACAAGGCUGCAACAGGUCAGCAGAGAUUUCCGAUUUCUGAAAAACGACAAAUAGGUUUGGAGCCACUGAGGGCGCCAGGGACUGUAAGGAGGUCUAAAACAACUCAGCGGGGCGGCUGUUUUUCCUCGUCUCUCUCGCUUAUCCUGCCACAGCACCAGCCGAGACUGAGACGAGGAAAGAGAGAAUAAAGGAAAACAAGACGGAGAGGCAAAAAAAAAAAGUGAAGUUUGCUUGUGCUUUUGCCUCCGGUUUUGUUAGCAUCUCUGGAGUUUCUUUAAGGACGGGUUCAAAAGAAGGAGCUGAGAAAGAGAUAUCACAAUGGAUGGUGAGAGAUUUGCUAAAUCAAGUUCCCCUAGAGAGGAGACUGAGAAAACAACUACAGGCAAUGCAUGCUCAUCUGAAACCAGAGCAGCCAUUUGAGGUUUUCCUGUGAUCUCUUUUUAUCCAGCUGAAACACUCUUCUUCCAAUGCGCCGAACAGCAGAGAAUAUGGCCAAUUCAGCAAAUUUAAUCACAGGUUUAGGAGUAUUAACUACAGCUCACAAAGGCUUGAAAGUGAGGGCAUUGUCUUUUCGAUGCCAAGCAGGUGUAUCGGCAUGCACCAGAGAUGCUCGACUUAGGAAGGAGAGGUGAGUACAAAUAGAAUCGUGCACCACUGGGCAACUUCCUAUACGGACGUCACUGAAUGGAUUAUUAUGGCUGUGAACAUUAGAGGCAGUGGAAUGGAAAGAGAAUCGCUUCUAAAAUGAAAGUUCAGCUUUCAAAACAAUUCCUGAGUUAUCUGUUUGUACAAUACUUUUUUAGAUAUAUUGUCCAGGAGAGCUCUUCAGGAAUACUCAAAUGUGUUCAUUUAAAACUUUAUCAAAACUGGACUGUUGUCGACUGUCAUCCACCUCUUGUGUGCUAUGAGUGAUUGUCACUCUUGUUAGCCUUUUAGUUAUUGCACCAUCACUUCUUUCGUUUUUUUUUUUUUUUUACUUAUAACACGUAUUAAUUCAGGUCAGAUUGCUCUUUGGGAGCAUUAAGGAAUUUUAAAUGAAUUCUCUUAAUUUUCUUCAGGGGAGUUAAAUUCAUUUCCAUUUUGGGCCAUAUAAAGAUUAUGAAUGAAUCUUUCUCAAAGAACCAAUUGUAGCAGAAUAUAUUGAUAACAACCCCAUUAACAAACAGUUAAAAUAUUUGAUGAAAUAUUGAAUAUCCUUUAAUAUUUGUAGUAUUGGGUCUAUACAGUUAAAAACUACCUUGAAAUUAUAUUUAGGCACAUAACUGUAAACUUGAAGAUUCUAUUUCUGUGGCCCUCUAAGAUCUAAUUUCAUCCAAGUCUGACAUUAAAUCUAUUGCGGACCAGAUUUGGCCUAUUAUGUAUACAUCAUUUCUGAGGUUUUGAGGACUUUGAUCAAUAGUUCAUGUCAAUGAGGGAUUCAGAACAAAACGUUGAAAUAAUCAGGUUGUAUUAAAUUUCUUCUUUUUUCUUUUGCAUCACAAGUGCAAUCAUUCUUCCAUCACCAACUUUGUUCCCUUGAUCAUUUUCUUUAGAAAUAAUCUUUUCUGAUAAAUCCAGGCUCCUACUUUAAACCAGAUGUGUAACCUGUAUUUUAAAGCAUGAAUGAACCGGUUUUUUAUUGAUGGUUGAAGCCCAUUGAGAAUUUGAAUCCUGCUUUUAUGGCAAUCUAACAUUUCAAAGACGAGGAGCCUUAUUUUGAGAAAAGUCUGUUACCUAUACUGUGAAAGUCCUUUUUUUUUUAUCCUUCCUUCACGGGUACUCUUAGUUUAUUCGGUGUCCCUGGUUACCAUUGUUAUUUCCCACAUUUUCUGGGUAGCAGCAUGUGACUUUCUUGCCUAGAGCCAAGUAAAAUGAUACAUGACAGAAACGUCUAAUCAAAUGGCUGCUGUUUUAGCCCCAUAGGUAGCUAUAGGGAAGAUUUUGAAACCAUACAAAGCAGCAGGGUCUGGUGCUCAAUUUUUGUAUUUCUACUUUUGUAGAAGCUAUGCCGAUGUAAAUAUGCCUUCAAUACAGGAGAUAACGAGAAGAAUCUCUCUCAAAUAGCGUUAGUCGAUGGACGAAAUCCUUUGAUCUGCCUGAGCUCUGGGGGGAUUUGACAGAAAACUGCCAAAUCCCUCCAAUGGCAGACUCACUGUCUGAAAGUAGACACAUUUUCAUGCACAGCUGCAGAAAAGGCCGUGUGUCGGUUGAGGUCUGUGGUUGUAAGGCUGGGUUAAAAGGAAUAUUUAAAUUGCAAUUUCUGAGCUUCUUUGGCACUGAGAGAAUUUAAUAAUGUAAGAGAGCUCUCAUUCUCAAAGCGUUGUCUGAUUAAAAUGAGAAAUUUGUGUAAAAUAUGUAGUAUUAAGUUUACUUGUUUAUCUUGAAGUUAAAUUAUGACGCUAAGUGGAAUGAUUGCUGUUUGUACUGCUGAAAUUGAUGAGUAAAAUAGCUAUUUAGCUUUCGACCCAGCAGAACUAAAACAACAAAUUAACAGAUAUUUCCUGAAAAUGCUUCAAAUGUAUUAAUUGUGUCCCUCAUCAAAUAUUAAGCAACAUGAUCACCGUAUUAGGCCUUCAAAGCCCCAAAAUAUUAAUAUUUUCCAAAAAAAAAUGUUUGAAAGCUCUAAACAAAAUUCAGGGUAACGCUAAUGGUUUAGCUUGUCAAUACAAUUUUUUUGUUUGCCAUUAAAAAGAUAAUUUUUGUGUUCCUGGCAACCUUUUAGUUUUAGUCAUUAGGUCCUGUAAUACACAUAAUUACAAGACAAAAAGGUAAAUACUCAUACAAACUAACCCAAAAAAAUAUCUAAUUAUGUUGUUGUAAGGCAAUAAAAAAUGUUUAAAGGUUUUUUUAUUAGUUAAAAAAAUCUAAUGAUUAAGAAUUUCUGUAAUUUAUUUUGUCAGUCGCACAAUAAACAGUCUAAAUGAAUGGAUUCUUGGUAAAGAUGUGUUGCAAUGCAGUAGCAGAAUCUCGCACUGAAAAUUAAAAUUAGAAAUCCAAAGUUACACUCACACGAACAUUGGUCACCAUUCCCAACUCCAUUUCCAUGUUUAAUGAAGCUAAUGUUACUCUCAUCAAACCAAAGAAUAGUCAGGUCUUACAGUUAAAGUCUUACAAUUUCGCAAACUCCACAAGUUUAUGCUAGUGAUGGUAGAAAUUAUAACUAUUUCCUGGCAUUCCCACCAAAUAUCAAUUUGACUUGUGGAUAGCAUCUAAUAGGUGAUGUGUCACAUCAUAUUUACAUGUCAUAGAAACAGAAAGUUAUGGAUUUUUAAUAAAAGGUUCCUACAAAGUCUGACCAGCUUGGAAAAAUACAUCAAUAGUCAUUUUAUAGGAAUUUUUUGGGCUCUAAUCACCGUGUUACUCAGGAUUUUUUCUUCCUCACCCCCCCUCGAAAUAAUUGGGUUCAUACUAAAUGUUGGCAUUGUCUCAACUUUUCACUGUGAGAUUAUUCUACUGCAGUAAAAUAUAAAAUAUGUAUUUAUCUUAAGGCAUAUCUUUACCACAGAGUGCUAGUAAGUAUGACACAUGUCCUCCGCCUAUAAGAAAAGGAAGAUUUGCACAACCUCUUGGUGCUCCUUUUAAACACCUCCUACACACCUUUGUGUCCGUUUAUAUCUUGUAUAAAGUUUUUUUCCUUUUUUUCCAGACAGAAGAUAUCUCAUUUAAUCACACGUGGUUCAUUUUGGCCACUAAUUUGAUUGUACUUUUUCAAAACACAGACUCGACGACGGGUGACAUCGCUGUCCACCUGCUCACCCCAAAUAACCCAAGAGGUAAAUAGACUGGUUUUGUAAAGUUGUCAUAGGAAGAGGUUCUGUUAAAUGGAACAAGUUGUGUGUGCUUCUUUAGAGGUGCUUCUCAGACGAGGAGCUGGUAGUUAAGUUGCCUGUCACUUUGUGCUGCAUGUGUGUAAGAGUGUGUGUGUUUUUUUUUUACGUUAGUACUUAAACCUUUUUGAAAGAAUAAUCCUCUGGUGAAUAUGCUACAGCUUUGAGCCCAGUUUGACUGUAAGAUAUUUGAAAUGACUUAAUAUUAAUGCUACUAUUAUUUAAAAGUCCUCUUUUAUGGGCUAAUGUUUUCUAUCUGUGGUGAUGUGUAACAUUGAUAACUUUGUUGAAUAAAAAAAUAAUGUCUGCUUAA